GGUUUUUACCGACAAAGGAAUUCUUGGAAUUAUUUCUGAAAUAUGGAAUCGAAAUACUUCCAAAUGGAAAAACUGUUAAAGUUGAAACGGGUCUUUUUAUCAACAAUGCUUUUGUCGAAUCCGUAGAUAAAAAAUGUUUCGAAACUAUCAAUCCAUCAAUCGGAAAAGUGAUUACAACUGUAUCAGAAGCUUCUUCGAAAGAUGUUGAUUUGGCAGUCGAAGCAGCCACAAAUGCCUUUUAUAAUGUUUGGAGAUUUGUUGAGGGGAAAGAACGUG